CGUCUCCCCUCCCCCAUCUUCUAACAGCUUCGUUUCCCUCCCCCCUGUCCCCUUCGACGACCUCCCUUUCCCUCCACACCUAGCUGUCUUCCCCCUCCAUCCAAGACCGCUCCUCCCUUUCCCUUUGACAGCCUUCCCCUUUCCCGUGCCCUUCCCCCCCUUUCCUCUUCCCCGCUGUCAUUUGUUUCAUCCAUAUUCUUCCACUAUCCCUUUUUUCCCCUCCGCCGUAGAGAGCAAAAGCGUAGGCUCAAUUCUGUACUUGGGUUCCCUUUGGAGACUUCAGAGCAAGGACAAAGGAGAUCCAUGGUUUGCUCUGACACAGGAUCCUUCCCUACACAGCAUUCCUUCCUCCUCCACACACAGAAUUAAUUAAAACUGUUUAUUGCUGGGUUUGCAACAAUCACUUUCUACUUUACUACUUUGUUACUUGCUAACAGAAAAUAGAGGUCUGCUUUGAACUAAGUAAUGAGUCAUUCCAGAACUGGAGUUUUUCUUGGUUCUCAAUCCAAGGCAGUUUCUAAGGAUAAUAUUCAAGUUUAUGCUGAAACCAGAAAUAAUUUUAACUAUGGAUUUUAUAUUGGAAGACAUGGAUCUUGCUGCCAAUGAGCUCAGCAUCUAUGAUAAACUUUCAGAGACCAUCGAUUUAGUGAGGCAGACAGGACAUCAAUGUGGGAUGUCAGAGAAGGCAAUUGAAAAGUUUAUCAAACAGCUGUUAGAGAAGAAUGAACCUCAGAGGGGUCCACCCCGACAUCCUCUGCUCAUGGUUGCAUACAAGGUCCUGAUCACCCUGGGGUUAACACUGCUCACUGCCUACUUUGUGAUUCAGCCCUAUAGUCCUUUACCACCUGAACCAGUGCUCUCUGGGGCUCACACCUGGCGCUCUCUGAUCCAUCAUAUCAGGCUGUUGUCCCUGCCCAUUGCCAAGAAGUAUAUGCUUGAAAAUAAGGAAUUUGUUCCGCUGUCUAAUUAUGAACCCCAAAAUGAUGAUGCAUACCCAGAUUGCGAUGACUGGUGGAAAACAGACUGCAACCCGAACAAUUCUACCAUCCCUGCUAACUGCACUGGCUGUGCAUUGAUUACAGGCCUCCAGGUGAUACAAACCAUGUCACAGUUACCCCCCAAAUUUGAGAAACUCCAACCUCUACUGAUCAAGACUGGACAGUCUCUGUCUUCCAAGGACCUUCAGCUUUUUCAAUGCCAGUACCCAGAGUUGACAGAAGGGAUCUCUGAAGGAUUAUUUGCCCGGUGGUGGAAUUGUUUCCCUCAUCAGCGGUUCCCUUUUAGUUUCCCAUGGAGCAGACCUUUGAAUAGAUCAAACAUUCUACAUCAGCUUUUCCCUGUGUUCGAUACCUUGCCAUUUCCUAAAGAUGUCUCCUUGAAAAGCUGCUUUGUUGCCCACCAACCACCUGUAUUGGGGAGUAAGAUGCGUGCAGUGCACGACCUAUUUGUCAUCGGCAGUGGCGAGGGCAUCAUGUACCUCACGCCUCCUACUGAGUGCCGAAAACACUGCAAUACUGUGGUGAUGCAGCUGGAGCCAGGGGACGUUGGCUAUGCCAGUGUGGAUCAUUGGAAGAUAAGCGUUGGCCCAAGAGGAACAGAGCCCUUGGUGAUUUGCGACGGAACUACCAACUCAGAAAUGUAAAGGACCAGGAUUCUGUCCCAAGAGAACCUGGUAGAGCAAAAGAGAAGAUCAGGUUGAUUGGGUGGGUGGGGCGGGAAAUAAAAAAAGACCGAAACAACAAAAUUUCUUUUCAGGGGUUGGUUACUUAGUUGUUUCCCCUUUGCAUGUGUGAUUUUGUGAUUCGGGUAGUAUAUGUGCUCAGUGUAGCCUUCCUUGUGUACGAUAUAGACAUGCUCACAUAUUCUCUAGAUAGACUGUGAAAAAUUCACUCCCCAUAGGCUGGUUAUGCUAAAGCCUGGGUUCCUGGUUAACUUCAAAUACUAACUGCUUGAAGAAUUCACAAGAAGGGGGAAAACUCAAAAAGAUGGCACCUGCCUGAGCAGACAUUUUGCAGCUGAGACUCACCACUGGCCCAUUGAAGGGGCUCUUCACAGAGGACAUUUAGGUUCUUCCCUUCCUGCUAACUCUUAAGUUUACCGCUUUUAGCUUUCCAACAUUGGGGCUGUAAAACUGUCCCCUUGAGUGACCAGUCCCUCUCUGUCCUGACCUAAUUCUGUUUAGACAUUCAUAGUUUACAGAUCUAUAGUGGAGACUUCUUCAGGAUUGGCUUCAUUGUUUCCCUCAAUAUUAUUGACUUGACUAUAGAAUGGCCCAUAUUAGCAAGAUAAAACUGGUCCCUGAGCAACUAGUAUGUCCUCAGAUAGAACUCUUAGCAAGUGUACUUCUUUGCCAGUAUCCUUCCUGGAGGCCUUAGGGAUGUCAGACUCUGACUAGAGACUGAUAGUAAUUUGAGUAGGCAGUUCCUCAGCAUACUGUUCUCCCAAAUUGUUCUGAUUCUCCAAUUUUUUUUUCAACUCUUUCUCUCCCUUCCAUAUCUGAUUUGUUUUCCCAGUAACACAUCUUGUGAUCCCACCCAUGUCAAGGGAUUGUGUUUUGCCUUACCAGAAUGUCUUUCAGAGGGGGAGUAGUGCUGAAGUAGGCCAGCUUGGGAAGCAGUUUCCUCCCUGGCCUUGAUAUUUAGGAUUUGAAUUUCUUCUGUGAAAGAUGUUUUACAGAUGUGUCAAGUUGAUGUCAUAGUGUGGUUAGGGGAGGAACUCAUGCAUUAUUGGCUGACUAACGGUGGGGUGUGAGGCUGCUGUUUUACUGAGAAAUAAGGUGGGUUGUUCCUCUUUUUUUCAGUUUUGUAAAGCUGUUUUGUUUUCAUUGGGCAUUUGAGUCUAGUAAAAAUUUUUCUGAAAUGGUGUCAUAAAGCACCAGCAAUAUGGUAUAAAUGUCAUGGAUCAUUUCUUGUUCUGCUGCCUUUCUCAAAAAUCUUAAGGCAAAAACAUCUACUACCCAGUGGGAAGGCCAGACCAUUGCUCAGAAAAAGACACAAGACUAACCAUCCAGUCUGUGACUGCAUUCAGAGCUAUAGAAAGCCAGCAGCUAGAAUUGACCUUUUUGCUAGAAACUGAUGUUAAUUGAUGAAGGACUGGUGUUGAGAGCAGUACCAGGAGCUACCUUCAGGCCUCCAUCCUUAGCAUCAGGAGAAAUCCCACAAAACACAAAGUCCCAAUGGAUUUUUCUGUCAGCCUUAUGAGUCAUGUGGCCCCUUCCACUAAAUUAAAUUUCCUGAGUUAUAGUCCUACCUAUUGUUUGGUAAAGGGCAUGUGAGAAUGUAGAGCCCUCUUUCUAUAGCUGCUGUGUGAGUGAGUCAUUUUGAACCAUCCUAGAUUGUAAAUGAUAAACUGUCCUAGAAUAGAACAAUGGUGGAUUUCAAUGGAACCAUUAGUUAAAAGAACUGGCUGUUUAUUUAUGUGAAAACCCAAAUCAAGUCUACUUGUAGAAAAUAUGGUCCUCUUAGAAUCAUGACUUGGGAUUGCUUUGGAAUUCAGAAGAAAAGGUUUGAUGUGAAUUUAGGCAAGCUUAUAGAGUUCCUUGUUCGUGGAGCCUUUGAAGGGCUGCUCCACAACUGUUCUGGUAGCUGAGACUUCCUGGGCUUGCCCUUGGAGGAACUGAUUAGAGCAUAGCAACGUCAUAAACUUUUAGAAUCUAUUCAGAACUGGAAGGGACCUUAGAGAUCCUUUUGUCUGUCCCUCUUUUUAGAGAUUACAAAUCAGACUGAGGGGCCCAGAGAACAGGGUGCCUUGCCCAAAGUCGCCUACAUAGUCAGGGUGGAGGUCAUAAAUUAAACCCAGGAGCUCUUUCUCCUUCACCAUGUGCUCCAAGACAGAGCUUAAAGGUUCUGGGAAAUGCUACAUUUACAUAAAAAUGACCUUGAAGGGAUUAAUUAGUGGAAGUCUUCAAAUAGCCACCAUUGAAAGGUGACCCACCAGCAUGUUCCAAUAGCUGUGGUUUUGCCAAUUCCACAAAGAACCAUUGCAACAAGUUAUUAGAAUAUAGACUUCCAAUUGAUCCCUUGUUUUGAAGUUAGGUUUUUUUUUUUUUGAUGGUCUAAAUGCUCUGAAUCUUAGGGACUGGUUUGAAGAACCAUUUUAAAAUUUACCUGUUGCUGUAGCCAAAAAAAUUUUGCCACCAGGUGGCCAGCCUAUGACUGCUAUUGCCUUUCUGUUACUUGGCUGGUCCUCAGAAAAUAUGUUUCUGCCUGAUGCAAACUUGGAGCCAUCCUCAAAGCCUGGGAGAACCUGCCAUAGUUUACAUUCAGUUUCAGUUGGCAAGGCUUUUGAAUUUGCCAGGGGUGGCAAAGUCCAUGCCUGGUAUGGCAUUUAUACUUAAGACUUGUUUGAAAUUCAGAAUUCAUACUGACUUUGUUAGAGUUGAGAAAUUCUGCAAAGAUGUUUGUAUACAUAUGUACGUUAGAGUUUAUUCAUGUUCUCCAAAUGGGCUCCCUUUUGCAUUCACCUAGCUAGCUCUCCUUCCCAAGAUCCAGUCGAUAUAGCCAGCUACCAUUCUGAAGCCUGAAGAUGAAAACUACUGUAGAAGUCCCUUUGAAGGACCACGUACAGUAUAUAUCAAUUAGAAGCCCAUGAGGAUUAGAAGGGAGAACAAGAAGAAUGAGAACUAGGAGAAAGAACUUUUGACCAAAAAAUCCUCAUUGUAUAGAAGCAAGAAUUUUAAAAAAUAAUCUCAAACACCCUAUAACAAGACAGAAAAUUUAAAUAUAAGUAAGCUAAACUUCAAAAAAAAAAUCAGUUUUGUGUCUUGAUGAAUCAGCCUUUUGCUGUUUAUAGCAAUUCUGAAAUUUUGAUAGCCAAACUGAGUUGGUUAUUCCUGGCUUGUGGAAGCAGUUAUGAAGAACAAGAUCAGGUUUUUAUUCCCAGAGCAGAGGGAAUCUCAUCACUAGAACUGCCUUAUCUCUGAGUGCCUUUGGAGUUGGGGCUGCUUUGGCAAAGAAUCCAGCAAGUCUCGGGUUUUGGUAGGUCCCUUUUAAUAGAUUAAAUAGCUGUAUUGAGAUAAAAGUUGGGUUCAUGGCAAGGAGAGCAUGUAGAGAUCAGAAAUGCUGGUUUCCAAAGCUUUCUCCUUGGUAGAGAGUCUGGUCUUAUGAAAGACUCGGAGACCAUUGGCCUGUAUCUUCUGCCACUUAUUCCCAUGCUCUUCCAGUGUCUCAUUGUGGACUGUGGAGGUGACCCUGGGUUAUCAGAGACUGCCCCCCAAGGGAACACGAGCUUUUAUAGGCCUUUCUCAGCUGGAAAGGAAGGCUUCAGGUAGAAGUUCAGAAAGAAGGGAUUCUGAUCUGAGUGCCAGCCUAAACCAAGUUCAGAGACCUUAUCACCAGAGGACUGACCACCAAGUGAUGAUUUUCCUUUUUGACCUUAACAGCCCAAAAAAACUAUCUGCCAAGACAUAGGGUGAGGGACCAUGACCUGCUUUGGUGGACAGAAGAACCAGAGUAAUGAGAGAAAAAUACUGAUUCUCGAAGUCAGAGUAUUUAUUAGUAGAAAGGACUACACCUACCAGCAGAAUUUCAGGCUUCUGCAGCCUUCAAGUAGCCACUUAAUCUAGGCACGGAAUAACAGAGGUGAAUGUCGGAGAUGAGCUGACCUUAUUUAACUUUUUUGUAGACCUACCUUGACCAUCUUGGGGAAAAGGUGUGGAGGCUGGAAAGGCUUUAGAAUUUAUUAGCCAGUAUCAUUUAUUAAGUAUGUACUAUGUGCCAGGCACUGGGCUAAGUACUGGGAAUACAAAUACAAAAACAGUCCAAGUCAAGCUGAAAGAUGGAAGGUGUCUUGGGUUCAAAUGUGGCCUCAGAUACUUCCUUUCUGUGUGACCCUGGGCAAGUCAUAACUUCCAUUGCCUAACCCUUACCACUCUUCUGCCUUGGAACCAAUAUAGCUAUUGAUUCUAAGAUGGAAAGUAAAGGUUAAAGAAAGAAAACAAAACAUGUCCUGCCCUCAAGGACCUUACAAGCUAACAGGUGAAGAUAACCCACAAAAGGAAGGUGCUGAAAAGACUGGGCGGGGGGAGAAAGGGAAAGUUAAAAAAUGUCUUUGUGAGAAUCUUCUAAAAAGGAAUAAAAAGAAAAAAACAGAUGGCACCAGCUAUAUAUGUCUUUUAUGGUGAUCAGUCAUAACAUGGCAGAAGAUGAGCUUGUCCAGGAGAAUUCCCAGGCCAGGUGUUUCCAGAUACAUCAUCUGUUUCCAGAUACAUCAUCAGACAAGGAUAUGGCCCAGUUUUAGUUGGAGUUCCCUCAGGGUUUGUUUUUCAGUGUUCAACCAUAUUCCCUUCACAAAAAGAAGGGAACCCUCCAUGACCAGGGAUUUUUUCAGGACCUUGAGGCGGGAGUGGUGAUUUCAAAACCAAGUAUCGCUGUAAGAUGGCACUAGGAAGUCAAUGCUGGAAUUCAUAGCUGGGGUUUGGGGGUGGGAUUCCUUUAAUAAAUGUUAAAAGGUAGGGCUUUAAUGGUUUUUAUACUGAGCAUGCAAAGGCCCCAAAGCAUAGGCCUACUCUCAUUUCCUAUUUUUCUCAUUUCUUCUCUUUCUAAACCGGAAACAGCCACAGUUGAGGGAGGAGAGGCGGUAUGGACAGUGAAAUCAGAAGUAGAAAGCUUUGUGUCAAGUCGAACAGGACUUGGGCAACAGGGCUUGUUUCUCCUUUAGAGCUUCUGUUAAAAAUAGAAGAGAUCCCCUCAGUUCCCAAAUUCAAUCACCCCCCUUGCCUAUCCCAGUGGUGAUUCUAUAGCUUAACAGGGUCCUGCUCCGAAAUUGCUUUGAAAAUUUUUAUUUACAUUAACAAUUCUCAUGUCUUAUUCCUGAGGAGUUUAUUCAUGAAACCCUCAAGUGUCAGGGCCUAGAGGAAAAUAUAAGAGUGGAUGUUAAAUGAGAGGACUAUGGUACUAAAAUACACUCUUACCCACUGCCAUCAGCAUUCAUUUUUUCUACUUGCCUCCAGACCCACAAACUGUUGGUCUUUCCAUGUCCCUGAUUCCAAGAGAUGGCUAAUGUUUAAUGGAAGUUUGUAAACUGCUACACACCCUCCUUUUCCCCAACCUUAUUCCAAACUCUUGUGGGUUGAGAAUAUCAAGGUCUUGACCUACCUCUCUAGGAAGAUGGAGAAAUUUUAGAUGGUGCCCAUCUGUCAGGCGAUGAUCUCAGGGGUUCCAGUCUUAUUCUCAGCUGAGUCUGCCACUGUGGGGGUUUAUAACCAGAAAUGGUUAUUAACAUCUUUUGUUUCAACCUCACCUUUUCCCAUUGUUGCUUUUCCAUCCCUUCCCAGACAACAAUCCUUUAUGUAACAAUUUUUAAAAGUGAAAAAACACCUAGUUCAGCAAAACUGACCAGCUCAUCAAAAAAAAGCCUCCAGUUAUCCCUGUAGUUCCACUUCUGCAAGGCCACAUUAGAUCUUUAAAGUAGGAUGCCAGAGCAGUUCAGCUAGCCAGCCAGGACUCCAGCCACAAUGCCAAGUGUGAGAGUCGGGUAAGCAGAAUUUGUGGUGUCUUAGGAUCCAAUAAGCUUCUUUCCCACUGAGAUCCUGAAACUAAGAAUAUUCUGGAGGAGGAGAGUGAGUUUUGGAAGACUAACAGGUAUUGUCUCUUUUGCACCACAUCCAAGUACACCACACCCUGUAAGCAGUGAAGGCCCAAGUGAGGGUCAUGUUCAGAAAUCAUCCACCCAGCACUUGUGAACAUCUGGCCCUAUCGCUGCGUGAUUUCCUUGCCCUGAAUCAUUUAAGAGUUAUCUGCCAUUCCUCUCUCUUGAGACCUCAAAACUUCCAUACUUUUUUGGUGAGGCCUAUUAAAUAAUUUUGGUAAGUAGAUACAUGUGGUGUGACUCUGCUUAUAUAAUUACCACUUCACCUCUUAGUGUGUCAGUCAACAGAUAUUUAUCAACUCACUGCUACAAAAGCUCUUGAACAGAAAGAGGAAACAAGCUUGUGAAAGGUGAUGGUAGAAAAAGCAGCCAUCAAGCCACUUCUGCCCACCUCCAGCUGGUGACUUUUUCCCCAUCACCAUACUCUGCUCACUUCCAGGAAGCCACAGAUAAUCCCCAGUUUCUUUUCAAACAAAUAAGGCUUCAGCCUUUGCCUUCCAAAGCUACCUGAUCAGUUUUGAACAUGUGGCAAAAAUGGUGGGAUCUGCCCACCUCCUUUCCCCUGCCCUCAUAUCUGUGGCAUGCAGAACAAAGAACUGAGAAGCCCAGCUUCAGGCUGAAUUAGCAGCAGCCAAUAUGGUACCUGCCAGGGAGAAUAGUUUCAGAACUGGCUUCUCCAAGUUUCUAGGAGGUCAGGGCUGUUCCUUUGCUUUGGAGCCUGGAAGCAGCUGCAGUUCAUUUUCAGUACUCUGUUUUGUUUGGAGAAGCUGGGUGUAUUGUGAAAGCUGAGACUGACCUAGGAAGGUGGUAAUAAUUUGUGCAUAUUUAGUGACAUAAGUGUUGGAACUCCAUAUGCUAUGAAUAUUUGUGGCUGUUAAACACACUAACAAAAUUUUAUUUACAGUAACUUAAUAUAUUGUGAACUUGUAAAUACUUUUGUUCUGUAAAGAAUGUAUAUAAAUCAAAUUUUAUGUAAAGUUUGUUUUUACUUUUUGUGAUUAAAAAUGCAUAUGUGGUAAAUGUU